UACAGUUGAGCCAAAACAUCAGAUUGGUUCAGUUUUUUUUAAUAAAAAUGGGUUACAUGUGUGACUUCUGCGGUGAACAAAGAUCAAUGGUCCAUUGCCGCUCCGAUGCAGCGUGUCUGUGCCUAUCCUGCGACCGUAACGUUCACUCCGCUAACGCUUUAUCAAAACGUCAUUCAAGAACUUUGAUAUGCGAGCGUUGCAAUGCGCAGCCAGCCUCUGUUCGGUGCACCGACGAGAGGGUUUCCCUCUGUCAAAACUGUGACUGGUUAGGCCACAACGGAGCUACUAAUUCGCAUCAUAAGAAGCAAACCAUUAACUGCUACUCUGGUUGCCCCUCGAGUGAGGAGCUUGCAUCGAUAUGGUCUUUCUGUUUGGAAUUGGAUUUCUCUAAAGGUGGACAGUCUGCUUGUGAGCAAGGGAUGGGGUUGAUGACUAUAGAUGAAGGCACAGGAGAAAAGAAAUCAGGUGGACAUGAUGUUGAUGUAGAUCAGCCUGGAACUAGCUCUGCUGCACAAGAAAAGUCCACAUUGGCUAAGGGUCCUGGAGUAUCUGAAGAUGACUUUUGUGGGAAUCUCAUAAUGGAUGAAAUGGACAUGGCUUUUGAGAAGUAUGAUGAGCUCUUUGGUACAGCUUACAACUCUUCCAAAGAUCUCUUUGAACAUGGGGGACUCGAAAGUCUUUUCGAGAAACAUGAGGGACUAAUCCAAGGACAGCAGCCAGCAGAAAGCAAUGCUGCAUCUGGAGACUCGUUCAUGACUUGUAGAACCGAACCUAUAAUCUGUUUCUCAUCACAGCCAGCUCAUUCGAAUAUAUCUUUCUCUGGUGCCACUGGAGAAGGUAAUAACGCUGGUGAUUUUCAAGACUGUGGAGUGUCAUCGAUGCAGCAGGUUUCGAAGGAGACACCACUAUGGUGCCCUCCAACAGCGCAGGAGAUUAGUGCAACAACACGUAACAACGCUGUUAUACGUUACAAAGAAAAGAAGAAGGCUCGGAAGUUUGACAAGCGAGUGAGGUAUGUCUCUAGGAAAGAAAGAGCUGAUGUGAGACGGCGUGUGAAGGGACGGUUUGUCAAGUCUGGUGAAGCUUAUGAUUACGACCCGCUGAGCCCAACAAGAAGCUACUGAGGUUGCCACAAACCCCCAAAACAAUGAAGAACCCACAAAGUGGAGAUGUUAGAUAAAGAGAUGUAAACUAAAGAGCAGUUCCAGGAUUGGCCCUCAAGCUCAUUCUUGCUUUGGAGGGCUCAUGCGUCUGCCUCUUUUUGCAUAAAGUUGUCACCUUCUUCUGUCAUUGCUUCUUAAGCAUAUGACUAGACAAUGAAGCUUUUCAACAGAGGAGCAGGAUCCUUAAAAUUUUGUUAUAUUGUAGCCAUGGCAGGACCAUCAAUGUACACUUAUUGUUUGUAUGUAUAUCUGUAUUUGCUUUCCUAAUCUGUGUGCACUAUUUAUCAAUCAUGUACGAGAUUUAGAGUGUACCCGAAAGGCCAUGUUCUAUAUUUAUGUAUUAGAUGUGAAUUUUUCCAAA